AUAUAUUUCCAUCCUUUCGCUUGGCUCCUCAUACAAUUUAGAUUUAUUGUAGAAGACGACGAUAUUUCCACAGCUCCUACACUCGCCAAACUUUUUUUCCUAUUCGACCAAGAUCUAUCUGUUCCAUCCAGCUUUUCUCUCGUCAUCGAUCGGAACAAUGUCCCUUGCUCGGCCUCAUCAUGAAGAAAAUAGUCGAUUUCGUGGUGAUUUCAGAUCUUCCUUCGGAAGAAAUCACCCUCACAUGUAUGGCACAACCUUUACCACCAACAGGCAUUACAAUAAUAAUAACCACAGAACAAACUUCAACAACUUGCGCGACUUCUCAAAUGAAUCUAGACAGCAGUAUAACACCUACAGCAACGUUGAUCCUCAACUUUUACCUUCUCAUAAGAGGAGGAAGUUUUCCGCCACUAAUUGGGAAGGUAACGGUGCAUCAUAUAAUCAAUCGUGUACAUACGAAUAUCCUGCUUCAAGCUUCAAGGCCUCGUUCCUUCCUCCUGCAGCGUCUGACGUGAAUGCUAGAGUAUGUACAUCUACUAGCCAUAAACGUGACCGUAACACUUUUGAAGAUGAAGAUGCUGAAUUUAUGUCACGAGAUGAAAUCGAGAGGUUUUCUCCUUCCAGAAAAGACGGUAUUGAUUCUCUGCAGGAAACGCAUUUGCGGUACUCUUAUUGUGCGUUUCUUCAGAACCUUGGACUUCGUCUUGAACUGCCACAAACAACUAUCGGAACUGCUAUGGUUCUAUGCCACCGGUUUUUUGUCCGGCGGUCACAUGCAUCCAAUGAUAGAUUUUUGAUUGCAACUGCUGCUCUAUUCCUUGCUGCAAAGUCCGAAGAGACACCUUGCCCUCUGAACAACGUCGUAAGAGUAUCCUCCGAAAUUUUCCACAAGCAGGAUUUUAAUUUACUCUGCUAUUUACUCCCUGCGGAUUGGUUUGAUCAAUACCGGGAGAAGGUAAUUGAAGCGGAGCAAACGGUUUUGACUACUCUAAACUUCGAGCUUACUGUGCAGCAUCCGUAUGCGCAUCUUACAUCCAUGCUUGACAAAUUAGGGCUUGCACAGUCACUUUUGGUCAAUCUGGCUUUGAGCUUGGUCAGUGAAGGGCUGCGUAGCUCACUUUGGCUUCAGUUCAAACCGCAUCAGAUUGCUGCUGGAGCCGCAUAUCUUGCUGCAAGAUCCUUAAAUAUGGAUCUUACUUCAUGUCAAAACGUUUGGCAGGAAUUCUACACACCGCCAUCUGUGCUCAGGGAUGUUGUUCAGCAGUUGAUGGAGCUGUUUUAGAUGAUAACCUGGAAGAUGGUCAGAUUUGAUGCCUCUGCUGGUGUCGUCGUAUCUGCGUGCCAUUAUCAGGUCAGAACAUCAGAGGUUGAUAUGGAUGUAUAUUCAAAGCCGUAAGCAGUGUUUAUUCUUUGAGUUUAAGAUAUUGUAGGUUUUGAUACGCCUUUCAGUUUGGUGCCGUGUUGGUGCGUCUUAGAGGUGGCAGUAUGUUCAUGCCAAAACAGAUUCGGGUCAAAAUGAUUGAAACGAGCCAUACAAUUUGUAUUUGACCCGAUCAUAUUUCACUUUUAACAAAUGUUAACACUGAAUCUUAAAUUGAUCGAGUCUUUAGAGCG